AUGUCUUCCUUGAGUAGGGAACUGGUUUUCUUAAUCCUACAAUUCUUGGAUGAGGAAAAAUUCAAAGAGACAGUUCAUAAAUUGGAGCAAGAAUCUGGUUUUUACUUCAAUAUGAAAUAUUUUGAGGAGCAAGUUCAAGCCGGUGAAUGGGAUGAAGUAGAACGCUACUUAAGUGGGUUUACAAAGGUUGAGGACAACCGCUAUUCAAUGAAGAUUUUCUUUGAAAUAAGAAAGCAGAAAUAUCUUGAAGCUCUGGACAAACAAGAUCGAGUAAAAGCUGUUGACAUUCUUAUAAAGGAUCUCAAAGUUUUUGCCUCGUUUAAUGAAGACCUGUUCAAGGAGAUUACCCAGUUACUGACUCUUGAUAACUUUAGGCAGAAUGAGCAGCUUUCCAAAUAUGGGGACACAAAGUCUGCACGAAAUAUUAUGUUGGUUGAACUAAAAAAACUUAUAGAGGCAAAUCCUUUGUUCCGCGACAAGCUCACAUUACCAUCAUUUAAAGCUUCUCGAUUGCGGACUUUGAUAAAUCAGAGUCUUAACUGGCAACAUCAAUUAUGCAAGAACCCACGUCCAAACCCUGAUAUCAAAACACUUUUUACUGAUCAUACUUGCGCUUCUACCAAUGGAGCUCGACCUCCUCCACCUAGUAAUACUCCUCUUGCUGGGCCUGUUCCAAAACCUGGAGCCUUUCCUCCUCUUGGAGUCCAUAGCCCUUUCCAGCCAGUUGUUUCUCCUUCUCCAAGUGCCAUUGCUGGAUGGAUGACAAGUGCAAGUCCUGCCAUACCUCAUGCUGCAGUUGCCCCAGGCCCUCCAGGAAUUGUGCAGCCCACUGGUGCCGCUGCAUUCCUAAAACAUCCUAGGACCCCCCCUGGUGUUCCUGGAAUGGACUAUCAAACGGCUGAUUCAGAGCAUCUGAUCAAAAGAAUUCGAGCUGGCCAAUCGGAUGAGGUUUCAUUUUCCGGGUCAACUCAUCCACCAAAUAUCUACCCUCCAGAUGACCUUCCCAAAACUGUUGUGCGGAAUCUUAGCCAAGGAUCCAAUGUUAUGAGCAUGGACUUCCAUCCCCAACAGCAGAUGAUCCUUUUAGUUGGAACAAAUGUUGGUGACAUAAGUGUUUGGGAAGUUGGUUCUCGGGAAAGGUUAGCACAUAAGACCUUCAAGGUUUGGGAUGUCUCAGCCUGUUCAAUGCCAUUACAGACAGCUUUGGUGAAAGAUGCAACUGUAUCUGUCAAUCGAUGUGUAUGGGGCCCAGAUGGGGCUAUACUUGGCGUUGCUUUCUCCAAGCACAUAAUUCAAAUAUAUACUUACAGUCCAUCAGGAGAGUUGAGACAACAUUUAGAAAUUGAUGCUCAUAUUGGUGGUGUUAAUGAUAUUGCCUUUGCUUAUCCGAACAAGCAACUCUGCAUAGUCACGUGUGGUGAUGACAGGUUGAUUAAGGUUUGGGAUGCUGUAGCUGGUCGUAGACUAUACAUGUUUGAAGGACAUGAAGCACCAGUCUAUUCUGUCUGCCCUCACUAUAAAGAGAACAUUCAGUUCAUCUUCUCCACUGCAAUUGAUGGUAAAAUAAAAGCAUGGCUUUAUGACUGCAUGGGGUCACGAGUAGAUUAUGAUGCUCCUGGACUUUGGUGUACAACAAUGGCUUAUAGUGCCGAUGGGACUAGACUUUUCUCCUGUGGAACUAGCAAAGAAGGUGAAUCAUACCUUGUUGAGUGGAAUGAGAGUGAAGGAGCUAUCAAGAGGACAUAUUCUGGAUUUAGGAAGCGAUCUUUAGGAGUUGUGCAAUUUGACACAACAAGGAACCAUUUCUUAGCUGCAGGAGAUGAGUUUCAGAUAAAGUUUUGGGAUAUGGAUAACAUAAACAUGCUUACAUUUACUGAUGCUGAUGGUGGAUUGCCAGCUAGUCCUCGACUAAGGUUCAAUAAGGAAGGGUCGUUGCUGGCUGUUACAACUAGUGACAAUGGAAUCAAGAUCUUGGCAAAUAAUGAUGGGCAACGCAUGCUAAGGAUGUUAGAGAGUAGGCCACUUGAAGGUUCUCGUGGUCUUUCUGAAGCUGUCAAUAUUAAACCUCAAAUUGCUGGAUCGUUAGGUCCUAUUCCCAAUGUACCUAGCUCAAUGACCCCAAUGCUGGACCGUGGUGACAGAAUGCAGCAAUCGAUGUCCAUUGGCAACCUGGCCACGAUGGAAAGCAAUAGGAUCCCCCCUGAUGUAAAACCUAGGACUGCAGACAAUGCUGACAAAGUUAAAAGCUGGAAGUUCCCUGACAUAACCGAGCCAUCUCAACUUAAAUCCCUAAGGUUGCCUGAUCCUUUGACAGCAAGCAAGGUUGUGCGGCUUCUCUUUACAAAUUCUGGGCUUGCAUUGCUGGCACUGGGGUCCAAUGCUGUUCACAAGCUUUGGAAGUGGCAACGAAAUGAGCGUAACCCAUCUGGAAAGUCUUCUGCUUCCAUUGUGCCACAAUUAUGGCAGCCUAGCAGUGGGGCUCUCAUGUCUAAUGACUCAAGUGAUGCAAAAUCAGCUGAAGAGCCUGCUGCAUGCAUUGCUUUAUCUAAGAAUGAUUCUUAUGUCAUGUCUGCUUCUGGUGGGAAAGUUUCCCUGUUUAACAUGAUGACGUUUAAGGUUAUGACAACUUUCAUGCCUCCACCUCCAGCUGCCACCUAUUUGGCAUUUCACCCGCAGGACAAUAACAUUAUUGCUGUUGGAAUGGAAGACUCAACCAUACAAAUAUACAAUGUCAGGGUUGAUGAGGUUAAAACUAAGCUCAAGGGUCACCAGAAACGGAUCACAGGGCUUGCAUUUUCUCAGAGCUUGAAUGUGCUGGUGUCUUCGGGGGCUGAUGCACAGCUAUGUAUCUGGAACAUUGAUGGAUGGGAAAAGAAAAAGGCGAGGCUCGUACAGGCACCUCCUGGACACCCUACUCCCCUUGUUGGAGAAGCUAGAGUUCAAUUCCAUAAUGAUCAAUCUCACAUUCUUGUAGUUCAUGAAAGCCAAAUUGCGAUUUAUGAUACCCAACUCGAAUGUCUGCGUUCAUGGUAUCCAAGGGACUCACUUUCUGCUCCUAUAUCAAGUGCAAUAUAUUCGUGUGAUGGUAUGUUGGUGUUUGCUGGUUUCUCCGAUGGAGCAAUUGGAAUAUUUGAUGCAGACAGUUUCAGGCUUCGGUGUCGAAUUGCAGCAUCUGCUUAUAUUUCUUCGUCUAUUGGCAGCAGCAGUGGUUCUGCCUUUCCCGUAGUGAUUGCUGCACACCCUUCUGAUGCAAACCAAUUCGCGCUGGGCAUGAACGAUGGUUCGGUAAAUGUGAUUGAGCCAUCAGACGCGGAGCCAAAGUGGGGCAGUUCGACCUCCCAAGAUAACGGAUCUGUACCUUCGAUUCCCUCAAGUUCGGCGUUGAAUAGUCAGCCAUCCGAAACUGGUUCUAGGUGAUAGUUGUUCUACAAAAGGUUUUGUUUCUGCAACUAGGGUGCUCAACUGGUUCUUUAAUGUAAAGUUACAUAAUGCCUAAUUCUUUUUCCUCUUUUGACAAUUCUUUUGGACUUCUCUGUACAUUUAUGCCCCAACCUAGUUGCCAAGCCUCACCUUCCAUAUUUAAAGGUUAACAACCCUUGCUCUUUGUUCUGUUUGAUUGGUGUAGGAAUUAGGAUAGACAAUAUAAUAUUCACUGCAAUUCUCUCCCUUUUCCUUACAUAAUAUGAUGAAUUAAUCAA